AUGUCGACGGCAGUUUUCUUAGCCUCCGUUGAUACGAGUAUCAACUUGUAUCUAUCAAAAUCAAAAUUUAAAAAUGUUUGUUGGGUAUCGCCCUUCUUCUUAGGUGCUCUGGUAGUGUUCAUUCCGUGUCUAAUUAUCAUACUACAUAGUACAAAAGAUUGCUCGACUCCUAGUCCGCAUCCUCCAAGACCACCUGAAUGGAAUGCUAGCGAUUACCAGUCUAACAGUGACUAUUAUCAAAAUGUAACUAGCAUACAUGAUUUCAGUCAAGUAGACAACCUUCGUUUGGAUCGACUAUCGUGGCCUCGAUUUUGUCCUGACAAUGGUUAUAAAAUCAUUUACUUGAGAAAACAAUAUCAUAUGCCUGACUCCAAUGGAUCAUCUACAACUUUACAUUAUUUUGAUCUGAUAAAUUCAUUUGCUCCAGUUCAAUUAACACGGCCCAUAUGGGGUAUCAACGAUCAACAGUUUUAUUGUGUAGACAAUAAAACUAUUCUUUUUCUAUCGAAUCGAACUUCAUCCGGUCUCACUCAACUGUUUCAAUUGAAUCUUCCUGUUGAUGUAUUCAACAUCAGCAACUUCAUUGAACCCAUUCAAAUUACUGAUUUUCCAUUGAAUAUUGACAAUCUUCUGGUCAAUCGACAAGCUACUCGCCUUGCCUUCGGUUGUCAAGUCUAUGCUAAUUUAUCGAUCGAAGAUACAGCUGCUAAACAAUCGGCGAAGAAGGCAAGUGGUCGUUUCGUUUAUGAAUUUGAUAAAUUGUUCAUUCGUCACUGGGAUGAAUAUAUCACAGGUCCACGUCACCAUCCAUUUGUUGUUUCGAUUGGCCGAGAUGCACAUGGAACAUUCAAGUUCACCUCAACACCCACCGAUAUUCUCUUUGGUAUCGAUAGUGAUUCACCAACACGUCCAUUUGGUGAUGCCAAAUCGCAGUGGUCAUUCAGUGCCAGUGGUAACUCAUUUGCCUUUACACGACAGCAUGAUGAAAAGAGUGAAGUGGCAUGGUCAACCAAUCUUGAUAUCUAUACAGUCGAUUUGAGCGUGCUCAAUCAAUCUAGUAUCUGCAUCACUUGCGAUAAUAUGGCUGCAGAUACAGACCCGAAAUAUUCACCGACCAACGAACAUAUAUUGAUGUAUCGAGCACAAUCAGUGCCAGGCUACGAAUCAGAUCAAUUCAAAAUGAAGUUGUACGAUAAUACGAAAACAAGAGCGCUACUCGACGAAUGGGAUAGAAGCAUUCAAGCUGCUACAUGGUCGAAUGAUGGCCAAUCAGUCUUCCUGGAACUGGGCGAAUACGGAAUCCAUGCAAUUUAUCGAGUACUGAAUGUUCUCACUCCGAACGCAACAGUUGCUCGUAUUUCGGAUAAUCUUGGAACUUGGCGCGAUGCCAAUGUUCAUCCAACCAACGAUCAGAUACUGCUUACUACGUAUGAAGGUAUUAUUUGGCCGACAAAUAUCGGUGUAAUUACAGACGAUGCAACAAUCCCGAUCACGAAACACAACGAUUGGUUAAUUAGAAAGACACGCUUGAGUUAUGUCUACGAAUCAUUUUCGUUUAUAGGAGCUCGAAAUAAUACUGUCUCGGGAUGGCAUGUAGCACCCGUGAAUAUCACCGAUCAAAAAGCACCUCUCGUCUUUCUAAUUCACAGUGGUCCGCAGAAUAGUUGGUAUGAUGCCUGGAGUUAUGAUUGGAAUUUUCAAUCGUUUGCUUCGCAAGGCUAUGCAGUCGUUGCCAUCAAUUUUCAUGGUUCUGACUCAUAUGGACAAACUUUUACUGAUAGUAUCACUGGUGAAUAUGGUACAUUACCUUAUGAAGAUCUUCAACGGGGACUUUUUGCUGCUCUAAAACGGUACAAAUAUAUUGAUGAAACUCGAGCUAUAGCAUUAGGUUCUGGUUAUGGUGGAUAUAUGAUCAAUUGGAUUGCUGGACAUCCAGAAAUGAGUCAACAUUUUCGAGCUCUCAUAUGUCAUGCUGGUAUUUUUGACAUGCGAGAAAUGGCUGAUUCCACAGAAGAACUGUGGUUCAUAGAACAUGAUGCAGAUGGUUUUACUCCGUAUGAUAAUCCAGAGGCUUAUGAAAAGUUCAAUCCGGUCAACCACGUUGCAAAUUGGUCACAGCCGAUGUUGAUUAUUCAGGGUGGACGUGACUAUCGUGUACCAGAAACACAAAGUAUUGGUGCAUUUACGGCUUUGCAACGGCGUGGAAUUCCAAGUCGAAUGCUUUACUUUCCGGAUGAAAAUCAUUGGACACUGAAUCCAUUGAAUUCACUAGUUUUGUACCAAGAAAUAUUUGAUUGGAUCCGGCAAUGGACAAAAUAG